AUGAGACAUAAAUCGAUUGGAUAAAAAAUUUAUAUUGAAGGAUCGCUAUUAUUGAGUGAAGAAUCAAAUUACUCCUUUAGACCAAGGUUUUUAAAACACAAAAAUUUCUAUACAAAGAAACCUUUGUUUGAAUGUCAUCAUGUGACUCCAACUUAGAAACAUGCUAAAGAAAUUCUUGACAAGAUUUGUCAUGUCAAUAAAAAAGCAAUAAUUACAGUGAGACCUGAAUCAUCAUUUUAAAAAAGAAAAGAAUUUUCUGUAGAUUAAUGUUUAAGUACAAGAGGAUCAAUACAAAGAAAAUAAAUUAGAAUUAAAUCAAUAAACAGAUCAAACAUUCAAAACAAACUAUUAGACUAAGAUUGGUUAGCAUUUGUGUUGGAUUGAAAAAGCCAACGUUUCUCUUGGAAUAAUAAUUGAUUUAUUUUGAUAAAUAUUUAGGUUAAGUUUCAUAAUAUUAAAA